AAAGCAAAGGUUUCCCUCUCAAACAGUCCAUCUUUUCCUAAAUUCAAACAGGGGAGAAAACUAUGGUUGCUAUUCCGACGGAGUCGAACAUUUCCUCUUAUGCCAACGACCCUCUCUUCCCAUGGCUACAGUCGAUAAAGAAGGAACUGGACGACUGGUACUCGGGGAACCGCACUGGUGGAGAUCUCGACAAUCUGUUAUCAGAUUGUAUCUCCACUUUCAAGCAAAACACCCAAUACAGAAACGACCUUAGAUUUCUGAAGAUUUGGUUCAUCUAUUUAGAAGGAAGUAAAGAUUACGAGAGUGUUUUUAGAGAAAUGGAAGAGAAUGAGAUAUGUAUAGGACAUUCUCUACUUUACGAGUGGUACGCAUAUUUCCUUGAAGCCAAAGGGAAGUGGAAAGAAGCACAAAUCAUUUAUCGUAUGGGCAUUUCAAGGAAAGCCGAGCCGAUUGAGAAGCUAAAGUGGGCUCAAUCCUUAUUUGUUAAAAGAAUGUCUGAAAGGCUUAAUACUUUUUCACUUGGGAAGGUUAAUGGAGAUGAACAGGUUGAGUUUGGCAAGAAAUUUAUCAACCCAUGGUCUCCCUUCACCGUAGAAGAACUUUUAAAGAAGAUACAGCCACAACUCACAAAAUAUGAUGGAUACCACCUGAGUAAGAAAGUUUAUCCUGGAAAAGUGGCCUUAUCUUCUUUGAAGAAAUCGUCAAGGAAUAAAAUUAUUGAGAUAGGUGGAAGGAAGUAUCAGAUCAAGGGGUGUGCUGGUCAAGGUGGCUUUGCUCAAGUAUUUAAAGCGCAUGUUGAUAGCAAUCCAGAUGAUGUUGUUGCAUUAAAGAUACAAAAGCCUGCUUUUCCUUGGGAAUUCUACAUGUACCGUCAACUUGAUGAACGCAUAUCAGGCAAACAAAGAUCAAGCUUUGGUUUUGCACAUAAAAUUCAUAUCUAUUCUGAUUGUAGCAUACUCAUAUGUGACUAUCUAUCUCAUGGGACACUUCAGGAUGCCAUUAAUUCUUAUGUUGUCACUGGCAAGUUCAUGGAAGAGGUAUUGUGUAUUUAUUACACUUUGGAGAUGUUAUAUAUGUUGGAAACUUUGCAUAGUGUCGGCAUCAUUCAUGGUGAUUUCAAGCCUGAUAAUCUCCUCAUUCGCUAUUCUAAGGAUGACCUCUCAGAAGAAGGGUUUAAAGAUCGAGCUGGCCCUUGGCUUGAUCAGGGUCUUUACCUUGUUGAUUGGGGGAGGGGGAUUGAUCUGCAUCUUUUUCCUGAGAACACAGAAUUUACUGGUGAUUGUCGAACUUCUGGGUUUCGUUGUAUUGAAAUGCAACAGAAAAAACCAUGGACCUUCCAGGAAAGUCUCCUUUUCUUGAAUGAUUGCAAAAUGGCAUCUUUAAUUUCACUGGAAUGAUUACCUUGACCUUGCUGUGUAAUUUCUCAACAGACAGAUACAUAUGGCCUAUGUGUUGUUGUCCAUAUGAUGCUGUACAACACUUACAUGGAGAUUGAAAGAAAGGCCUCAGAUGGUGACUACAUUUAUCUACCAAAAUCAUCUUUUAAACGAUACUGGAAUAUUGACCUAUGGAAGGCUCUCUUUACAAAGCUGCUAAAUAUCAGCCCAGGUAACAAUGAUGUAGAGUUGUUGCGUAGCUUGAGGAAGUCAUUCCUAGAUUACAUGCAUGAUAAUCCCUCGCUUAUAAAGAAACUGAGAGAACUGCUAGCGAAACAACGGGCUACCCUGUGCUCUGCUUAAAGCACCUCUGAUCAUCGUUGUUAUUCACGCAGAUGUUU